CCCUUUUGGGUCCUGGAAUCUGCUCUGAGGUCUCCCUGGAGCCUUCUCUUCUCCAGGCUGAAUUCUCUCAGUUGUUUCCAGCAAAGCCUCUGCCCCUGAUUGAAGGGGAUGCUGAUUUUGAGAUGCUGCCGUGUCAUCCUGAUGGUCACCUGAAAUCGGAUCUCAUCAGGGAGUGUGGGAACUCAAGAGACAGUCAAUACUGAAGCUGAUGGUGUUAUCAGCUAAAGAUUAACAGAGGUAAGACUUCGUCUGCGCUCCUGGAGGAGAACCCAGCUGACUGGAACAGGAAAGGUAUUCUGAAGCGAGCUGACAGCGUUUGUCACAGGUAAGAGCCCGGUUUUCCCUCUAAGGACAGGUGCCUUUGCUUGAUCGGAGGGAGCCCAACGGCAAACCGCACGGCGUGUGGCGAUGCAGAAGGCAGCACGCGGUGCCCGAGGGGCCACGAGAGCCGUGGCAUCACUGGGGUGGGACACCGGCCCCCCUGUGGGUGAGGAUGGGUGCCGGUGGCGGAGGGUAUCACAGCUCCAGGGCCUCAGGGGAUGAAAUCGGAUGAUGAAGCAGCGCUUUCCCCCAGGGACCGGUUUGAGCUUCUGUUUCCCCUCAGGGUGAUGAGCUCAGCACAAUGCCCGUGGGGACGAGCGCCGUCCGCUGACGCUCGGGAUCUGCGGGUUUGCUGCUGACAGCUGCCCUUCCUCGCCACUGGCCAUCCUCUUCCAAGGAAAAAUCCCCCAUGGAGAAGGUCAAGCUGCCACCAUGGGGACCGAGAGGGUCACUGGUUGCAAGAGGGAAAAGUGCUUGUGUGCAGCCGCAACCUCUCCGGGCGCGGGCUCUGGGUUCAACACCUGCCGUGGGCACCAGCAAACGCUGUUCCUGCGGGAUCGGCGCUGGCUCUUCUCCACUGCCACCGCUGUGGGGUCUCCUCUGUCUUCACAAGAACCCAGAGCUGCUGGAGGGAUUCUGCUGUGAACUCUCCUGUGGCUGCACCGGAGAGCCCAAAGGUGCAAAGCUCUCUUGGAGUCCUUGUCCGUUCUUCCUUCCUUGCCUUCAGAGCUGGGAAAAGGAGCAGAGUCCCUGACAUCCCAUUCCAAGCACAAGCGGAACUGAGGCAGAGUGGGAUGGAAGCGUCUCCGUUCCUCCCACGGGGCUGCUCUAGGAUGCAUCCCAGCUCCCAGGGCUGAUGUGGCCCCGCAGCAGCGCUGGGACCCAGACCGGGAUCCUGCCUUUGGGAUAGCACCGCCCGGAGGGUCCCCAUCCUGCACCCGGCAGCGGGACGGAGGGAGACCAACGAAGCCAGAGCACCCUGGCCGCUUGUCUUUUGGAACGUGGGCAAGCACCGAUGCCAGGAGCUCGUUUCUCUGGGAUGAGGCCGAGCCUCCGGCAGAGGCGGGUGCCCCGCAGCCCUCGCUGUCCCUGCGCCAGCACCUGCCCCAGCCCUGUCUGUCCUGGCCACGAGGGCCAAACCAUCCUCCCCGCAGUGAUGCCACCCCCGGGGCUCCCCAGCAUCCCCCAUUCACACAGCCAGGCUGGGAUUCUGCUCCGGUUGCCGUGUCCAGGUGAGGAUUCCCGGCUGCCCCUCUGCCCAGCCCGCAGCCCUGCAGCUGCAUCCCAGGGCUGCAAAACUUACUGGAAAUCCUGUAGAAGCAAAUCUUGGCCUCCCGUCCGUGCCAGGAACUUGAGCUGCAAUCCCAAGAGGGCAGCAGGCUCCAAGCACGCAAGCCUCGCCAUCUCCCGGCCUCCAAAAUCCUCUUUAAAGCUUCAUCAGGUCCCGAGGAUGCAGCCAGCUCUGCGGGACCGGGCAGGAGGGGGCAAAGCCCGGCACAGCUGCCCAAAACCCCACCGGUUCUGAGGGAGGGGUCGGUACCGGUUAAUUCAGACUCCCUCGCUCAAAAUUCCCAGGAUGGAGGGAGUUUCCCACCAGGGUCCGGGUGAUAGAGUGUGGAUGGGAGCAGCCCCUUCCCCUCAGCACCAGCUCUGUGCCCCUGUUAACCCAUCCCUGGGUGCUCAGCCCAGCUGGGAGCCGCCGGCAUCACUGGUCCGGGUGUUGCACCUACAACCUCACACAGUUUCCUUCCCUAUCCGGAGCUGCUCGGGGUCUGAUCUGCAACGGGAAAACCGUAGGAGGUCGGGAAGCAAUGGUAACGGAGCGGGCGGUGGGUGGGGGUAGCAGCUUUCUCCCCUAAUUUAUCACCAGCUCGCUGAUUCCAGCAAACAAGCCAUGUCUUUGUUUAAGAAAACCCAGCAGUUCUUCACUUACAAGGUGGCUCUGGCAAGCCCGGGCCAUCAGCCUGGAUAUUCCCCAUCCAGCUGGGAAUCAGCAGCAGGAAUAAAUCAGCUCCCACCUCCCUGACUUCUCUCGCGCGGGCGCCCACCUUGGCCAAAGUCCUUUCCAGGUCACCUUAACUCUGCCCCCUCCGCAGCCCCGAGGCUUCAAUCAAUCCCAGGUGAAACCUAAACCUUGUGCCGAGGGGAAUCCGCUGAAUGGCAGACGGAUGAAGACCGACCGAGUACCGCAGUGCUCACCAGGGCCCGCGCCCGUGCCAGGAUCUCCAACCGCCGCGUUAAAUAAUUCACUGGCCAAAGCUGUAACUUGCUCUCCUCUCCUGGAGCACCAGCCCUGGGCACCCGUGUGGGGCAAGGGAAACGGCUCCUGCAAAGAUGUGGAGAGCUUGUGGAUACAGCUGGGAUGGGGCAUCCCUGAUCCUGGCUCGCUUGGGAGAGGGGAUUCCCAGCAGCGUGCCUCAGUUUCCCCAUGUGUUAGUGGGAGGCUGUGUGGAGCUGAGCGGAAUAAGGUGGAACGGCAAACAGCUGUGGGGUUUUGCCUAGGAAAAACACUUGGAACCCAGCUCAAAGCCGGGUCUGCAGAGGAUGGGGAGGUAGAGGAGUGGGGGAGCAGUGUCUGCUGCAGGAUCCAGCAGGGAAGGGGCUCCAGCAGGGCUCCUGGCCUGGGAGGGGAGGGCAGGGACAUGCCUUUCUCUUCCCAAGCAAUGGGAAGUCUCCCUGUAGGUGUUUGGUGCCCCUCGGCACCUCGUGCCUCCAGCAGUUCCUGGAGGUAGAGGAAAGGAGAAGAAGAGGGAUGCGUUUUGAUGCUGGCUGGCUUGGGAAGCUCCUGCCUGGGCUGCUCCAUGCCUGGUGGCCAGGGAUGCUCGCUCCAGAGAUGCUCAACACCACGUGCUUUGGGAGGCUCAUUCCCAGGGUGCUCCACACCAAGUGCUCUGGGAUGCUGGCUCGUGGGAUUCUCCAUUCCGUGUCAUGUGGGAUGCUGGCUCGUGGGAUGCUCUACAUGCUGUGGUUUGGGAUGCUGGCUUAUGGGAUGCUCCACAAACCAUGGUUUGGGAUGCUGACUCGUGAGAUGCUCCAUGCUGCGUGUUUUGGGGUGCUGGCUCAUGUGAUGCUCCAAACCCCUCAUUUUAUGAUGCUGGCUUGUGGGAUGCUCCAAACCCCUUGUUUUACAUUGCUCCAUGCCCCAUGGUCUGGGAUGUUGCUUGUGGGAUGCUGGCUCUUGGGAUGCUCCACAUGCUGUGGUGUGGAAUGCUCAUUUGUAGGAUGUUCCACGACCCAUGGUUUGUGAUGCUGGCUCGUGGGAUAUUCCAACCCCUUGUUUUGCAGUGCUGCCUCGUGGAAUGCUCCAUGCCCCAUGGUCUGGGAUGCUGGCUCGUGGAAUGCUCCAAACCCCUUGUUUUGCAAUGCUGGCUCGUGGGAUGCUCCACAACCCGUAUUUUAAGGUGCUGGCUUAUGGGAUGCUGCGUGCUCCGUGGUUUGUGAUGUUGGUUCGUGGGAUUCUCCAAACCCCUCCUUUUAAGGUGCUGCCUCGUGGGAUGUUCCAAACCCCUUGUUUUGUGAUACAGGUUCGUGGGAUGCUCCAAACUCCUCGUUUUACGGUGUUUGCUCCCGGAAUGCUCCAAACUCCUCGUUUCACGGUGUUUGCUCCCGGAAUGCUCCAAACUCCUCGUUUCACGAUGUUUGCUCCCGGAAUGCUCCAAACUCCUCGCUUUCGGCCCCUCCCCGCCCCGCAGCCCCCUCUGGGCAGGGUCCCCGUUGCGCCGCCGCCCCUCCCCGUGCCGUCGGGCCCCGGGGGCGGGGGCCAGGUGCGGCGGGGCGGCGCCCGGCGGGGGAGGGCCCGGCGGGCAGCUAAAGGCAGGUGCCGCGGAGCUCCGAGCGGCGGAGCGGGUUCGGGGGGGUCCGGGCUCGGGGGGGAUGCGGCGGGCGGGCUGAGCAGCGCCAUGGCCGGGGCGCGGCGGGGAGCGGCGCUGACUGCCGUGCGCACCGAGGGCGCGGGGCCGCCCGGAGGGACCCCCCCGAGCCCCCACGGGCGGGGGCUGCUGGCGGCACCCCGGCCCGGGGCCGCCCCCCGCCCCGCCGGGCCCCCCCGCUGCCGCCGCCGCCUGCAGAGCUGCCUCUACAACGCGCUGGAGCGGCCCCGAGGGUGGGCGUUCGUCUACCACGUCUUCAUAUUCCUCCUCGUCUUCAGCUGCCUGGUGCUGUCCGUCUUCUCCACCAUCCAGGAGCACCAGAAAUUGGCCAAUGAGUGCCUCUUCAUCCUGGAGUUUGUAAUGAUUGUGGUGUUCGGCAUGGAGUACAUCGUCCGCGUCUGGGCAGCCGGCUGCUGCUGCCGCUACCGGGGCUGGAGGGGACGCUUUCGCUUCGCCAGGAAACCCUUCUGCGUUAUAGAUUUCAUUGUCUUCAUCGCCUCGGUGGCCGUCAUCGCCGCCGGCACCCAGGGCAACAUCUUCGCCACCUCUGCGCUGCGCAGCAUGCGCUUCCUGCAGAUCCUGCGCAUGGUGCGCAUGGACCGGCGCGGUGGCACCUGGAAGCUGCUGGGCUCCGUCGUCUAUGCCCACAGCAAGGAGCUCAUCACCGCCUGGUACAUCGGCUUCUUGGUGCUCAUCUUCUCCUCCUUCCUCGUCUACCUGGCCGAGAAGGACGCCAACGCCCAGUUUGCCACCUAUGCCGACUCUCUGUGGUGGGGCACGGCCCCCUCCUGCUCUGCCCCCGGGCAGGUCACCCUCACCACCAUCGGCUACGGGGACAAGACACCGCAGACGUGGCUGGGACGGAUGCUGGCGGCCGGCUUCGCCCUGCUCGGCAUCUCCUUCUUUGCGCUGCCAGCCGGGAUCCUGGGCUCUGGCUUCGCCCUCAAAGUGCAGGAGCAGCAUCGGCAGAAGCAUUUUGAGAAGAGGCGGACUCCGGCGGCAAACCUGAUCCAGGCUGCCUGGCGCCUGUACUCGACCGACGUCAGCCGGACGUACCUGACGGCCACCUGGUCCUACUACGACAGCCUCCUGCCCUCCCUCAGAGAGCUGCUCCUAAUCUUUGAGCAUUUGCACCGAGUCCGCAACGGAGGAUUUAGCAAUUCAGAGGUGAAAAAAUUGCUCGAUGGAGCCCCACCGCCUUAUCACUCCUUCACCCCUGGCCAGAAAAGCAUCAGCUCCUCUGCUUGUCCAGGGGAAAGCAACAAGAUGGGCAUCAAGGACCGCAUCCGGCUGAGCAACCUGCAGCGGCAGAGCAGCCGGGGCAGGCAGCACCUGGGCCCCCCCCUGCACCGCUCCCCCAGCACCGAGGACAUCCCCGAGGCCUCCAGCCCCACCAAGGUGCAGAAGAGCUGGAGCUUCAAUGACCGGACCCGCUUCCGCGCCUCCCUGAGGCUGAAACCACGGACCCCAGUGGAGGCCGACUGCCCGACGGAAGACAGCGGCGAGGAGCAGAGCUCCAACUGUGACCUGACCUUUGAGGACAUCAUGCCAGCGGUGAAGACCCUCAUCCGAGCUGUCAGGAUCCUGAAGUUCCUGGUGGCCAAGAGGAAGUUCAAGGAGACCUUGCGUCCUUACGAUGUCAAGGAUGUCAUCGAGCAGUAUUCAGCCGGCCACUUGGACAUGCUGGGCAGGAUCAAGAGCCUGCAGAUGCGGGUGGACCAGAUCAUGGGCAGGGGAGCCCUCACCGCGGACAAGAAGACACGGGAGAAGGGGGAGAAGCCAGCGCUGGAGACGGAGCUGGUGGACGAGCUCAGCAUGAUGGGUCGUGUGGUCAAAGUGGAGAGGCAGGUGCAGUCCAUCGAGCACAAGCUGGACCUGCUGCUCGGCAUCUACUCCCAGUGCCUCCGCAAGGGCUCCGUGAACUCCUUCAGCCUGGCCGCCGUGCAGCUGCCCCGCGGCGAGCCCGACAUCACCUCCGACUACCACAGCCCCGUGGACCACGAGGACAUCUCAGUUUCUGCCCAGACCCUCAUCAUCUCCAGGUCGGCCAGUGCCAACAUGGACUGAGCAGGGAGGAUGCAGGACGGAUCCUGCCGGUGCGCAGCCGGUGGGAUGGGGGAUGCCACGAGGGGGGAUCACGCAUCCCUCGCCGUGUUACUUGAACCAAGCCUUCCUUUGCGAGGGCACGUCUGCAACGGGGCACCCGCUCUGGUGAGCCUGUGGUACCGUGGUGUGCCCAGACCACACUCGUGGGGCGAAACCCCCCUCUCCUGGGGCAAACCCCCCCCUCUCCUGGGGCCUCGGGUGCUCCCCAGCCAUGGCAGGGACCCCCCAGCCCUCGGCACGUGUCCUGCCCUGAGCCAGGGACACCGCCAGCUAUGCAAGGCUCCUCUCCCUCCUGCUGCCGGUGCGGAGCAGGGGCGUUGGGGCAUCACCCAGCACGGUUUUCCCUGCACUGCUUGAGGUCAGGGUGGCAGCGAGGACCCCUCGGGUGGGGGAGUGAGGGGUCUGUGCCCCCCCACUCUCCUCUGCUUGGGUUGUUCCCCUGCUUGCAGGGCUGCAGCUGCACCUCUAGAAGCACAGCAGAGCCUCUGGCUGCCCGUGCAUGCUCCCAGGGCGAUAUAUAUAUAGGAGAUAUAUAUAUAUAUUUAUGCAAUAAUGUCUUAAUAUGCAACACCCCCGGGAAGAGCUACCCGUGGGGACGUAGGCAAUAAGCAGACUCCCCUACGAGCACACAGGGCUGGAUCCUGCUGCCUGGGGGAACCCACCUGGGUGCCCUGGGAGCUCGGGGCUCAGUGACAAACCUCGGGGUCCCUGGAGCUGGGCAGGGGCUGCGGAGGCGGGAGGGAUGCAGACACAGGCGAUGGUGACAGCGGUCCCCAAGGAGCAUCCUUCUCUCUGAGGUCCCAGCCCCUGAGCUUGCUUGGAGGAUUCCUUCCCUGCCAGGUCCUGUGGUGCUCAUCCUGUGUCCCCAUCCUCUCUGUGGCUUGGGGAGCACGGGCUGAGUUUGUGGGGUGACUGGAGGUGAGGAUAGGGAGGGGCUGUGCUUCCUUGCAUGCCAUUUGCGGCAGAGCCAUGGCAGCUCCCACGCUGCCCUACUGCCUUUUCCUGCCUCAUCCCGAGCCCUGGGGCUGACUUCCAGUCCUGCAGCGCUGGCAGCGAUCGUGGUGGUGCCAAAGUUUGCCAGGCUGGGGCUGGUGCCUGCGCAGACGGGGAUUCCAGGGGGUCGCAGUGCCCCAUGGGGCUUGGCAGGGAUUCCCGUGUGACAGUGGUGCCAGGAUGUGACCUGGGCUGGUGGGGACCCACCGAACCCCUCGCUGGGCUUCGGACUGUGGGAUUUGCACCCCCUUCCCAAGCCCCCCUGUGCCUCCGCUCCCGGUAGCUCACUUUUCUUGCCUCUUUAGUGCAUGUGGCCAGUGCGUGCUGUGCCAGAGCCGCUUGUAGGCUCCCCCCUGCUCCUGCCCCACGCCAGCCCCUUCCCCUUGGCCCCAAGGUGCCCGUCUCCUCCUCUGGGCCAUGGGGCAGCGGUGGCACAAGGGGACGGUGCCGUGGGUUGGUUGGUUUGUGGGUACAUGUGAGAGCUUUGCCCACAGCUGCACACAGGUACGAACGCGUAGGACCCUCCCCGGGGCUGGCUGGUCCCCGCAGACCUCCCCAGCCAGUGGUAGUUACCUCACUUGAUUAACUUAUUAACUUAUUGGUUUCAUUAAAAUUUGG